CUUUCCUCUUUUUCUUUCAGUUGUUCCACUGUGGGCCAGAUGUACUUCAUCAAAACAGCAAUUUACCGCGAGCUGCGUUUUUUUCACCUCUUCAAAAAGUGAUGUUGCCACCAAAUACCUUUCAAGGGAAAGUGGCCUUUAUAACUGGUGGAGGUACUGGGAUUGGCAAGGGGAUGACAACAGCUUUGUCCAGUUUAGGUGCCAAGUGUGUUAUAGCAAGCCGGAAGCUCGAUGUUUUGAAAGGCACAGCAGAAGAAAUUUCUUCUAAAACAGGGAAUAAGGUUUGUGCCAUCCAGUGUGAUGUGAGAGAUCCGGUUUCAGUUAAGAAUGCUGUUGCUGAAAUGAUCCAAGUGGUGGGACAUCCUGAUAUUGUGAUAAACAAUGCAGCUGGAAACUUUAUUUCCCCUUCUGAACGCCUUUCUGCUAAUGCAUGGAAAACAAUAACUGAUAUUGUGCUUAAUGGUACUGCUUUUGUAACUCUGGAAAUUGGAAAGGAGCUCAUCAAAGUACGAAAAGGAGCGGCAUUCCUGGCUAUUACAACAGUUUAUGCAGAGACUGGUUCAGGAUUUGUGUUGCCAAGUGCCUCUGCCAAAGCUGGUGUAGAAGCAAUGAGCAAGUCUCUUGCGGCUGAAUGGGGUAAAUAUGGCAUGAGAUUCAAUGUGAUUCAACCAGGUCCAAUAAAAACAAAGGGUGCUUUUAGCCGCCUUGACCCAACAGGGUCAUUUGAGGAGAAAAUGAUUGAGAGGAUUCCCUGCGGUCGUCUGGGAACUGUAGAAGAAAUUGCAAAUCUUGCUGCCUAUUUCUGCAGUGACUAUGCAAGCUGGGUUAAUGGAGCAGUUAUUAGAAUGGAUGGUGGAGAAUAUGUUUCUAUGGCAGGAGAAUUCAACGAUUUGAAAACGGUUACUGAAGAGCAGUGGGAUGUGAUAGAAGCAAUGAUUAGAAAAACAAAAGGCUCCUAAAGUAUGCAACUGUAUGGUGGAGAUUUUUGGAAAUGAACCACUACUUUUCAUGAAUAUUUUGAAAUAACCAGUUGGGAACUUGACUUCAAAAUCUUUUGUGUGCUAAUUUCAAUAAAGUAUUUUGAAAUUAUCAUAUUCUGAAUAUAGCAUGUAUAUUUUUCCUAUUUACAGUCUAAUCUGUUGCUAAUAGUGAACAGCAGUUGUUCACUGAAAUUUUGUUGUUCUUUAGGUUAUGUCUUACAUAGCUAUGCUGUGGUCUACAGUUAGUUUUUAAAAUAAUAUUUCAGAGGAUUUUUUUUGUUUCUCAGAUAUGUGCAAGUGUCUCUUAAUGCUAUAAUUCCAGUAGCAUUUCAGGACUAUCAUAACUGAAUGUUCAUUUGAGGAAAAACUUAAGAAAUUAAGUCCUAAUCUUCACACUACAGUAGAAAGUCCUAAACUUGCAGUAAACUUGGUCUCAUCUUUUGCUGACAUUUUCUGUCUGUUAAUUAAGUUUUGCUGAACUUUAAAAAUGGCAUUUAAAGACUAGAAGUGCCUUUCUAAGGGGCUCACUCUUUGUCAUGAUUAAGUUAAUGGUCUCAAAAAUGAAAAAGUAAAAAUCAUUUGCUAUUAACACAUGUGACUAGUAGAGUCAAUAAAAAAUGUCUUUUACUGAUGCUUUUCUUAAGAUUAGUAAAUGUUGACGGAAAGCGAUUGCAACCUUGUUGGUUGAGAUUUACAGAAGUCUGUAGGUUUAAUUUGCUUUAAGACUGGUACUAAAGCUUUAAGAUAGCAUUACCUCUAAAUCUAGUCAGUUUAUCCAUCCCAAAUAAGCAGGUGAUUUAAAAACAAAACCAAAAAUGGUUAUUGCUGUUCCUCUUUUAGUAUUACUGUGUUUUCCAGGUUAGGGAGUUGCCAGUUGUUUGUCCCUCUUACUUCAAACAAUGGAUGGAAUUCUUAAAGGCUCUGGCCUUUACAACCUGAAAUCCAUGCCUUUUUUUAAAAUUGUUUAACCUAAGCUCCAGACAGUCCACACAUGCAAGCAUGGAGAUAGCUGUAUGUGCUUUAAAAUUGACACAUUGAUUUAAGGGUCAGGAAUAUGGAAGCAAUUCAGGGAUGCCUUCAGGUGCUGGCAGUGGUCUUGUCCCUUUACCCACACUUUAGACCAUACUUAAUAUGCUAGCAUCUGACUUUGAAAUCAUUUGAUUGCCUUGAUACAAAGCUGAAGCAACCUAAUACAUGAUCUGCUGAAAGGGAGGGCUAUAUUAGUGCAGGCUUCCAUGUGCUAGCUCUCUCCUGAGAGUGAUGGCCCUAUGGGGGAUUGAAUAGCAUCUGUGCCACUGAUAAUAAAACAAAGCAAAUGUGUUUAUCAUAGCAGCCUUCAAGGUGUCUCUUGAACAUAAUGUAAAGCUUUUUUAUAGCACCUUGGGUUUUAGUAGGUCUGUUGUCAAGAUCAAAUUUUGACAUGAUACCCAUGUCUUUUCCCCAAAAAGUUAUUUGGUUUAGGCUCAUAUAUAUUGUUCUUCGCUUGUCAUCUUUUGCAUAUACUUACAUUUUCUCUUUGUAUGGGAUACAGUGGCAUAUAAGGCUUUGACACUUGGAAAAAAAAAAAGUUU